AAAUAGCACAACAACCAACUAUUCAGCUCACCUAUAAACUACUUUCUGCUUCCGCUCAACUUCCCAAUUACACCGUUACCGCCCAACCGCUAUAAAAUCCUCGCCGGAGCCACUCCAUUUCCCGAUCAGAUUUCAAUUUUUCGGUGAGGAUAGAGAGAGCGAAAGAUAUCGAUUGCUGAAUUUUCUGAGUAGAAAAGUGAGAUCUUUGGAUGCAGUGAGAGUUGUUGAGAAUUGUAGACGAAAUGGCUGCAAGGAAGGCUGGCUUAAUUGCUUUAUUUGAUGUGGAUGGAACUCUUACAGCGCCUCGCAAGGUAGUUACUCCAGAAAUGUUGGAGUUCAUGCAGGAACUCAGAAAGGUUAUCACUGUUGGAGUUGUUGGAGGUUCAGACCUUGUGAAGAUAUCAGAACAGCUUGGAAAGACAGUUACAAAAGAUUAUGAUUAUUGUUUCUCUGAAAAUGGCCUUGUAGCGCAUAAGGAUGGGAAACUUAUUGGAACACAGAGCUUGAAGUCAUUUCUUGGUGAUGGGAAGCUCAAAGAAUUUAUUAACUUUACACUCCACUACAUUGCUGACUUGGAUAUUCCAAUAAAGAGAGGAACAUUCAUCGAGUUUCGAAGUGGCAUGCUAAAUGUAUCACCAAUUGGGAGGAAUUGUAGUCAGGAAGAAAGGGAUGAGUUUGAAAAGUAUGACAAGGUUCACAGGAUACGUGAAACAAUGGUAACAGUGCUCCGCGAAAAAUUUGCACACCUUAAUCUCACCUUUUCUAUUGGCGGCCAAAUCAGUUUUGAUGUCUUCCCUCAAGGCUGGGAUAAGACAUAUUGCUUGAGAUACCUCGAUGAAUUUAACGAAAUUCACUUCUUCGGGGACAAGACAUACAAGGGAGGAAAUGACUACGAGAUUUUUGAGUCGGAAAGAACUGUUGGUCACACAGUUACUAGCCCAGAGGAUACCGUAAAGCAGUGUUCUAUUCUUUUCCUUGGCAAGGAUAACGGAAGUUGAGCGUGCCACAAAUUUCCUGUAUGCCAGUUAUGAGUUCGUAAUUUUGUGUGCACGAGGAACAAAUAAUUGCAAGAUGCUUGUAGUUGAGUUUACUCAUCAAAAUCUGCAUUAUCUAUACGUACAUUUCAUUCUUAAAGUCAAUAAUAUAUCAUUUCUUUGCAUUAAGAAUAAAAACUCUCCUCGGGAGAUGGUUUAUUA